AAAAAAAAAAAGUAUUGCGACACUAUAACGUUACUGUAGUUCUGUUCAGACAUGUUGUAAUUUCGAUUAUGCUUUUGCAGUUAAGCAAGAUAAUUCUUUUGCUGACUGUCACGAUCAGCGCAUUAAGCCUCCACCGAGCGUUAAGUGGGAAUUGUCUGUGAUUGUGAGCUCGUUGACAAUGGUUCCCACUGUUCUUCUGAGUCAGAUCAUCCUCACACUCUUCUGUCAGGCAUUUUGUUUUGAGCCCACUGAGAAGGACUUGAAGUGUUUUAAUGACUAUGAGAAAGAGAUUAAAUGCAGUCUCUCCACUGACCGACUCAAAAACUGCUCUGGAUACAAGCUCAACAUCACACAUAAUAUGUUUCAAAAAUACAAUGCAUGUAUCUUUGAGAGAAGUCAUCUCAGUGACAAAUGUGAGUGCAAAAUUCAAGUGCGAGAGUUUGUCAAAGCAGAAUUCUACAAUACUACACUUCUGGAAGGAAUGGAUGUUUUAUUAAACAAAACAUUAAUGACUGAAGACUUCAUCAAACCGAAAACUCCAGUCUUAUCAGUGCAGAAGACUGAAAAUGGAAACUUUAAUGUAACUUGGGAUGACCAGUAUAGUGAUUCUGUAGCAAGUUUCUUGGAAUCCUUGACAAUAAACCUGUCCUAUGGCAUCAAAGGAGGAAUUGAAAAGAUAUCCAAGACGGUGCAGAACACUGUGGGAUCCUUUGAAAUUGUGGGCAAAAAUCUCCAGCAGAAUACCGACUACGUUCUGACAGCAACAAUGAGCACAGGCUAUAAUGGCCAUAGUAUAUCUAGUGACCAGAGCGCACCAGUUGAGUUCACCGCACCCUCAUCCCCAAAUGAAAUAGCCAAAUUGGUGAUUCCAACUCUCUGUUUUGGUUUAAUCGUCAUCAUUUUUGUUAUCUUCUUCUGUAUUUUGAGAAUGAAGAUGAAUUGGUGGGACAAAAUCCCCAAGCCAAAUAUAGAUGCCAAUCUUGGAGAGGAGAAGGGUCAUAUUUUGCCACCAUCUGUUAUGAAGUUCUCCCAAAUCCAUGAAGAGAUCCCAACACUGGACCUUCAUGAGGAUAUGAAAUUGUAUCAGUCCCUCAAUGUUUCGGAAAAGGGAAAUGAUGAAGAUGUCUGUUUGAGUCUUUCAAAUGAUGUUGAUGCUGAUGAGAAAUGUAUCAUGAAAAAUCUCAUCGCCUUCACAAAUCCACUCUAUCCUACUGUUAUUCUGGAUGAUGGCAGUGUCACACCAACUGAUGAAGGAUAUCAGGCUUUUCCAGGUUUAACAAAGAGCACAGAAGGACAGUUGAGCUCGAGCGUCAGUACUGAACAAGCACUAAAUGCAUCUGGAGCAUUGAAAUUCCCCCAGAGCACUGGCCAAGAUCCCACAUAUGUCCAGCAGAGUUCUUUGCAUUUCUCACCCAGUAUUCAAAUAGACAGUUCAUAUCAGUGUGUUUAACCGUGCUGUAAAAGCAAAUGAUAUAUAUAUAUUUUUUUUUGGUAAUCUUCAGUUGUUCCAUUUUGAGUGGAAUACGUUGAACAAUUCAGACCAGCAAGAGCAAUAAGAGCUCUUUUAAAAUAGAUAUUUUAAACACUGAUUCUUUCUUUAGACUCCAAAACCUUGAAUUUGAAAGUUACAUUUUGAACAGUAAGAGGUUGUAUGGUUUCUCAUGUAUAUAUAUAUAUAGUCAGUCAGUUAGUUAGAAAUGCCUCCAGUCUCACUUAAUAGUUUUUAGAUUAUUUCAUGAUCUCUGUCAGUUAUUAAUGUGAGUUUGCCUCCUCCUCCCUUCUUACUCGUCCUCUUCCACAGGUGUUUCCUGUUUUUCCUACAUAUGACGUGUUUUGUCUGUUCUUUGUCUUCUUUGAUCCCCUCCUUGUCUCCCUCCUCCUAUCUGUGUUUUCUCUCUCUAUGCUUUAGUCUUAUGUCUCUUUACCCAUGCGCAGAUGAUACCUAAAGGUGAAUCGGUGAAGAUUGGUGGGGGGACCUUUUAGGCCCAGGUUGAUGAGUUAAGUCUAUACUUUACAUAAAGUUGAAAGGCUCAGUGCCAGUAUUAUUCCUUAUAUGUCCAGUUAUUCCUGAUCACAUUUAUGUUACAUAUAACUUGUUGUUUUGGCUUAUAUCCAACACAUACAGUAUGUAAUCCAUAUCUCAUUGGUCGAAAAAGAUCAUACCACCUUUGUUUUUUCCUAUAUAAACUCAGUAUAAAACAAUAAAGAUUUGAAGUGAAGUUAUACUCAGAA